CAGUCACUCGUCCCUCUCUUUUUUCUUCUACAUCUACUUCUCCCUCCUCACGCCAUCUCGAGUCUUCACCAUGGAAGCUAUUCUCACAACUUCCAUUUUCAUGCUUCCCUAGAGUUUAGUACUCUUGCUCCAGUCUUCUGUAAAACUCACUAACACUUCAAGACCCAUGUGCGUUCCCAGACUAAAAUCCAAAGCUCCUCAAUUAUACAAGUGUUGAUAGUGAUUGAGUACUUUUGUUUCCAAAUACCCACUUUCAGUUCUUUCGAAAUCUUUAAAAGAUUUAUCUCUGGCUUCUUGUCUAUAUAUACCAUUACAGACAUAUAUUUAUAUUUAUAUAGUCUGAGAAACUUUGCCGAGAAAGAUGGGGCACGAGAGCUUUACGGCUCAGAAGAGAAUUGGAGGAACUGGGUUACCGACUAGUAAUACUGGUUCAGCUGUGAAUGGCAGAACCCGUGGAUUUGGGAGCUUACCUCGUGGCCGUCAGAUCCAAAAAACCUUCAACAACAUCAAGAUUACCAUUCUAUGUGGCUUCGUUACUAUCCUUGUUCUUCGUGGAACUAUCGGCGUCGGAAACCUUGGCGGCUCCGACGCCGACGCCGUCAACCAGAACAUCAUCGAGGAGACGAACCGGAUCCUCGCCGAGAUCCGAUCCGACGGUGAUCCCAACGACCCGGAUGAGCUUGCCGAGUCUGAGAUCAAUCCAAAUGUUACAUACACUCUUGGCCCCAAGAUCGAAAAUUGGAACCAGGAGCGGAAAGCCUGGCUUGAUUCGAGUCCCGAGUUCCCCAGCUAUGUUAAUGGUAAGCCUCGUAUCUUGCUCGUAACUGGGUCGCCGCCUAAGCCUUGUGAUAACCCAAUUGGGGAUCAUUAUUUGCUGAAAGGUAUUAAGAAUAAGAUUGAUUAUUGUAGGCUCCAUGGGAUUGAGAUUGUGUAUAAUUUGGCUCAUUUGGAUAAGGAGCUUGCUGGGUAUUGGGCAAAAUUGCCAUUACUUAGGCGUUUGAUGUUAUCCCAUCCUGAAGUUGAGUGGAUUUGGUGGAUGGAUAGUGAUGCAUUGUUUACUGAUAUGGUGUUUGAGAUCCCACUCUCUAAGUAUGAUAAUUAUAAUUUGGUCGUUCACGGGUACCCUGAUUUGAUGUUCGAACAAAAAUCUUGGAUUGCUUUGAAUACUGGUAGCUUUUUGUUUAGGAAUUGUCAAUGGUCUCUGGAUUUGCUUGAUGCUUGGGCUCCAAUGGGUCCUAAGGGUCCAAUUCGAGAAGAGGCGGGGAGGGUUUUGACUGCCUUUCUCAAGGGAAGGCCGGCUUUUGAGGCAGAUGAUCAGUCGGCAUUGAUAUACUUAUUGCUUUCACAGAAGGAUCAAUGGAUGGAUAAGGUGUUUCUUGAGAAUUCAUACUACUUACAUGGCUAUUGGGCUGGUUUAGUUGAUCGUUAUGAAGAGAUGAUAGAGAAGUAUCAUCCAGGAUUGGGAGAUGAGAGAUGGCCAUUUGUGACCCAUUUUGUGGGCUGCAAGCCUUGUGGGAGCUAUGGAGAUUACCCGGUUGAGAAGUGCUUGAGCAGUAUGGAAAGGGCAUUCAAUUUUGCAGAUAACCAGGUGCUUCAGCUGUAUGGUUUUAGGCACAGGGGCUUGUUGAGUCCUAAGAUCAAGAGGGUCAGGAAUGAGACUGUCACUCCUCUGGAGUACGUUGACAAGUUUGAUAUUCGGCGGCAUCCGGCCCAGCAGAGCUAGUGAGUUGUAGUAAUACAAUCAAUCUUUCAUUGUGUGAGAAGAUCUGUAGGUAAUGUUUUGAUUCAUAAACUACAGAAACAGAUCUAAUAUUUGAUAACAGUUCACAUCUUACGUACGUUUUGCUUGUUCUGUUGUCUUUGGCCAUUGCUUUCUGAUAUCAAUAGAGAAGAAUUCUUUCGUAAGUUUGAUAUCCAUCUUUGUAUCAUCAGUGCUUUUGAAGUGAAUCUAUAAAGGAGUUGAAAUUGUCAAAGGCAGUAUACUGUCCCAUUGAUUUCGUCUUUGUAAUAUGUGUAGAUGUUGAUGAAGGAACCAACUUGGGUCAUGUUAAUGUACGUAUUGAUCUGAUUUUAAUCA